UUUUUUAUCUGAAUUUUAUCUGAAUCGAUAAGCAUAAUCGUAAAAUCUAUAAAACGUGAUAACACAUAAGUGAAACACAUAAGUUCUUUUUAUCAUUUACUAAUCUUAACGAGGAAACAAAAUAUAUUUGUCAAUUGCGUGGCUCUUACCAAAUAUUGACGAUUACUCAUGCGCCAGAUUAUCUUUUACAAGGAAAGACUUUCACGAGAACGACUAAAAUAUGACAUGUUUCAGUUUUGAAAUUGACCUUCGGCUUUUAUUUCGAUGAUCUUAUUUAUUGAAAACUCGAAGUAGGAGUGAAUUGUGAGUUUAAUAAUGCGGCAAUAUUACUCUUAAUUUCAAGGAUUUAAUCCGAUGUCUUAUACAAUCAAACUUAUAAAUAUAUAUUAUUGCUAAUUGCCAGAAAAGUUUUUAGCUUUGCGUCGAAAGUCAACAGUUAUGCAAUGAAAGUAUUAUUAGAUUUUCCUCCCGACGAGAGACUGCUAAUAAUAAGUGCGUCUACUUUUGAAAGUUUUGGAACGUUUCGAUGUACUUUGUGCGCGUACGAAGCAUUUUUUCCUUUAGAAUAUAUAACCGAAUAUAACCAGUGGCAGUAAUGAAACAAUAAAUAUAAAAGAAAUGGAAAAUUCUGGUUUGGACAAUAUCUGCACAUUUUGCUUUUAUUUAUUAUCCGAUCCUUUUGUAUGUUUAUUUAUAAUUUUAAAUAAAGUGUGUUAUGUUAAGAGGAGAAAGAUAUAAGGAAUAAUUUACAUGUAUAUUUAUAGUACAUGUAUAUUUACAUAUAUAUUUAUAGAAUGCAUACGCAAGAUAUACGUAAUGCCAUAACUAAUAAUUAUGCAUGAUCAAAGCGCUUUCACUAAUUUUCGAUUCGAUAUUUUUUAUUUCAGGUAUUAUGCACUGACACAAAUAUUGUCUAUUUAUCAUCAAUAAUUCAUUAUUUUGCAAUUUUCAGUUUUUGAUGGACACUCUUCUUUGGCAUUUAACUGAUUAAACAAGCUUUACUUUAUUAAUCAAUUAAUUAAUUAAUAAGUAAUCUUAUUUAAUCAUACCAUUAUCUAAUUCCUCUUUUUAUUUAUUUAUGAUUAAUAUUAAAAACGUUUUGUAAUUGCUCACACCGACGAGUGUCGUACGCAUUUUUCUAUACCUAUAUACGCAUGCACGCCUGCAAAUACGUUACUUGCAUUACCUCAAUGGUGAGUAAUUACUGAUUUCCUCUUUAUUUAUUACUUAUAUUGCGUUUGUAUCUCAAAAUAAUGUUGAAAUAAUUUAAUAAUUGCUUAUACAUGCUUAUAUGCUUUAUGUGUUAAUUAUACUUACAUAUGUAUAAUGCAAAAACGCGUAUCAUUUGCCAUAUCGGUCUUCACAAAAGCUUGUUAUCAAAAAUUUCGAAGAAACAUAAAGAUCGAUGUAGAGAGCAAAUAAAUGGAACAUUUUCAUUCAGAAGAUACAUUUUUUAUUAAUAGGCGACUAUUAAGAUCAUUAACGCUAAUAGGGCAGAUAUUCGUCUUAAUAUUAACGUGUGAGCUCUAGAUGCGUCAGCGUUUAAAAUUGCGUGUCAGUGACAGCUUGUUCUUUUGACUCGGUACAUCCAUUAUAAAAAAUUUACAAAAGUGAGAUAUGAGAUAUGAGAAAUAAUCCAUCAUCAUUGUUUGUUCUCGAUCUUUUGCAAAAAUCUUGUGCGCAUAACGUCGCGUUAAGCAGUUGUAUCCAAACGUUAAAAUAGAACGGACAUACGAUCGAUCAUUAUCAAUGAAUGUAUAAAUUUUCUAAAGUUUUUGUUAAUAUAACAUUAUUACGGCAAUAGAUAUAUGAAUUAUUAAGGAAAUGCGAUCUAAUUUAACAUGCCACAUCACGUGUGCCUUCGUGAUUCACAUCACCAACCGCAUUAUCCUUAUUUCUUAUGUGUGCGCAGUAUAUUUUUAUUUUUCUACAAUUUUUUUAUCAAAUGUGACAUGUGCAAUUACUGAUGAUUAAAAAAUUGUUUUAUAGGACGAGCAACUCGAGCGACUCGAAAGUGCGUGCAUGCUGAGUUCCGUGAAGUCGACAUUCCGUGAAUCGCCAAAGAUCGUUUCGAAGGUCCUUAUGGUAACCGGAGGACAAGGUGGAUAUCACCCUAGCGAGUUCCAAGGACUGAAGGGCUGGCGACGUCGUUGGAUUCACUCGGCCAUCACUUACAUUUAGAGGAAUAAUGACUAGCAAGAACGAGAAUAUUCCUCAAGAAACUCAAGUCGAAUGCGGCGAUGACUGCAGACACAGUGGAAAUAACAACAAUAACAAUCGUUACAAUGAUUGCUCUACAAGCGCUGCUCGAAAGGAAAGCUUUUACACAAAGAGAAAUCAGAGCAAUCAUCAUCAGCCUGGCAGAGCUCCAUUGGUCGGUUGGCGAAAUGGAAGUCCGACGAUUUAUUCGAAUUCUGUCCAUAAGGGCAUUGACUCGAAAAAUUGUAACAUACGUCAAAUCAGUUUGGAUUCAAUGCAGGAGGAACCGAUCGAUACGAUCGAACCAAUUGAAGUGAUCGGGCCGAUCGAACCAAUCAAGUCCGUACAUCCGGAACAAAAUGAUACAUUAAAUCAAGUUAAAGAAGUUGUUGUUCUCGAAGGAUACUCUGAACCGGACACCAAUACAAUGACGAAUCAACGAGACAAAGAUUCCAUCGAUUCUGAGAGCAUUCUGGAGCCUGAUUCCUUAGAUUUUGCGACAAAAGAAAAAAAGAGUGAUAAGCCGAAGAUACCGGACGGUGGUUGGGGAUGGAUGGUUGUUUUAGCAUCUCUGUUAAUUUCCAUGGUGGCGGACGGCGUCUCCUUCAGUUUUGGUCUGCUUUUUAUCGAAUUCCUUAAUGAGUUCGGCGCUUCCAAGUCCAAAACCUCCUGGAUCGGUUCGCUCUUUAUGGCCGUACCUCUCUUAUCUGGGCCGAUUAUGUCUGCCCUCGUAGAUCGUUACGGAUGCAGGAACAUGACCAUCGCCGGCGGCCUGAUAUCUGGAUUAGGCUUCAUAUUGAGUAUCUUCAGUAACACCAUCGAGGUAAUGUAUAUUACUUUCGGCGUGAUUGCGGGUCUUGGUCUGGGUUUGUGCUACGUCACCGCGGUUGUGAGCAUCGCCUUUUGGUUCGAUAAGAAGCGAACCUUAGCUGUAGGUCUCGGCGCAUGUGGUACUGGCAUUGGUACCUUCGUCUACGCGCCGAUGACAGCGUACUUCAUCCGAGAAUAUGGUUGGCGCGGUACCUGUUUGUUGCUGGCUGGCACGUUCUUUAAUAUGAUUGUCGCGGGAAUGGUAAUGAGGGAUCCGGAAUGGUGGAUAUUGGAGCAACACAAGCAAGAUCAAAACGUGCUGAAAAAAUCGCACACCCGUUCGGAGGCGAUCAAGUCGGACGGAAGCCCGUCAGACGAAUUUCCAGGCGUUGAGGAGCUCAGGGAGCUGCUUAGAAACAAUCAUACGCCCGAAUAUUUUCUACAAAAUCUAAGCACGAGCACUGAAGCAGUUGAUGGCGCAAAGAGGCAGACGACGAGCGUAGUUAAUUUACCGACUUUUGUAAAGCGAAGCGAAAAGGUGCCUUUAGAAGUAUUGGAAUCAUUAUUAUGCAACUCAAGACUCUACACCGUUAUCUUGGAGAAUUACCCGAGCCUGCUACAAUGUAGAAGUUUAUCUGAUAAACAACUACAGGAUUCGACGGGGGAGAUUUGUAAUAAAAGCGGAAUCACUAUGUCAAUGAGGCUUAAACGAGCAACGGAACCGAAAGCGAUCACUGAACAGAAGAGAGAUUGUCCAACAUCUACUCACACAUCGACGAAACUUGCUUGCACCAAAAAACCGUCUAAGAAAGAAAUAGAGGAGACUAAUCCUUUGCUGACGAAAGAAGUCACGCACGCGGUCGCUCCAGUGGAAAGAAAAAUCAUGUCUAAGCGUUAUGUGGGCGAUUUGCAGACCGACGUUAUCAGGACUGACUCGAUACCGUGGCUUAGACGACAAUUCAGCACAAACACUCACUAUUUUAAAGAUAUAAGAGUACACAGAAAUUCAGUUAUGUAUCGCGGCGCUGCCCUAAAUUUGCACAAGUACAGACUAAGAGCGAGCAGUUGUCCUAACAUCUACAGAAACAGCAUGAUCACGUUGGCUAAAGAAAACGAGCAGAAAUGGUACUCCGAGCUGAUAGACCUUAUAAAGAGUAUGCUGGAUUUUUCGAUGUUUCUCGAGUUACACUUUCUGCUGAUGUCGUUGUCGACGAUACUGCUGUUCACUUGGUUUAUUGUACCGUACUUUUAUCUCGCGGAGCAUCUGAUGAGGAAUAAUUAUGAUGAAACCGAUGCCGCUAAUCUUCUCAGUAUCAUUGGCAUAACGAAUACCAUUGGAAUGAUUGUUCUCGGGUGGGCUGGCGAUCAACCUUGGAUGAAUGUCUGUAAAACGUAUACUUGGUGCCUAAUAGCCUGCGGAGCGGCCAUUGUAUUAAUGGUGGUAUUCACUCAACAUUAUACAUUUCUAAUGAUAAGCGCGGCAGCAUUUGGCCUUUUCUUUGCCAGCAACUUUAGUUUUACUCCAGUAAUAUUAGUUGAAUUGAUACCACUGGAAAGAUUUACAACCGCUUACGGUCUUAGCUUGUUAUGCCAAGGAAUCGGGAAUCUUGUCGGUCCUCCAUUAGCUGGAUGGCUUUUUGACGUAACGGGCACUUGGGAUCUUUCUUUCCUUAUGGCUGGCGGUUGGAUUAUUGUCUCUGGAACAUUAAUAGGCAUUGUACCGUACACAAAGAAUCGAAAAAUUUUCGGUAACGGGCCGGUCGAAAUGGAACAAAUAAAUGAUAAUGAUGACUGCUUAGCAUAGAGAAGGAUAUACAAUAUUUAAAGUGCAUAGUAUUGUUGCAGGUAAAACGAAACAGACGAAUAAGUAUUUCAUUCAGAAAAAUUUUAAUCUAACAUACGAAUCUCACUGCGCUUACAUCGAAUUUUUGAAUUAUCUAUUUAUAAUAAUAUUUGAACAUACAACACUUCUCUCAUAUAUCACAAUUUUGUCGUACUUAAUUUAUUCGUCUCGAAUAGUUUUGCUUACAUAAUGCAAUGAUUUGUUUUGAAAUAUACUAAUUUUCAUACGUGCAUACUUAGAAGUUCUAUCUACUUAAAAUGCGCUUCAAACAUAUAAAUUGCAUAUAGCAUGCUUAACUGUAAUCGAAUAGAUUGAAUAAAAGCGAUACGAACAAGUAGAAAUUUAUUAACAACGCAGAAAGACAUAA